AUGGAUUCUUCUGUGGCUGAAGAAUCUGAAAAUUUUGUAGCUUUUAGUAAAAAUGAAUACAGCAAAACAAACUGUAAUACUCCAACGAAUAUCUCACCUAGUGAUAAUAAUAUAGUGCAUAAGUUAUUUAAUAGAGAGAUAUUUGGUAGCACCUCAAAAAAACCAAAUGAAAAGUCAAAAAGAGUAUUUGACAAAAUUCCUCCCCGGUUACGGUUUUGUCUCAUGGACAUAGUGCCCAUCCAGUACUUAAGAGAACAUGUAUUUAUGGGCUUCUCACAGUGUGGGCAGUUCCUGCUUAGUUUUACUUAUAGUUGUAACACCCAAGUAUAUUUUCGGGAAAGCUCAAAGUUUACGCUGCAUUUCCUAUCAUGGGUGCCGGGGCGCAUCGUUCGUCCAGUGCACAGUAUUCCUCUUUUCGGCGAUGACUGUGUCGACAGUAAAGUGACGAUAUCAAUGGCACAAUGGAAACACAAUCCGGGAGUCCUUGUGGUGUAUGGUAUCGCAGAUUCCUGCUCUGAACGAUCCUACCUCAGUGUUGUUGGAGUACCUCGAUUAGGAUGUAGACAGUGUUCAGCUAUUUCGAGAGAUGAAGAUGAUCUAAAUUGGAGUAAACGCUGUUUGGAACAUAGCUUCGCGAUACACACGAGAUUCUUUUGUACGUCCGAUUCCAGUAUGUACGAACCAGUCGUCCAGCUAGCUUACUCGAACCAAAUUAUAAUUUAUACAGAUUUCAUCCACAUAUUAGAAAUAGAUUUCGUUAAACCAGAUCAAGAUAGAAUUGAAGUGCCAGAGGAAAACAAAUUCUCAUUAGAUAGGGAUGAAUUAAAUUCAAUAUACACUAAUCCAAGUACACCAGCGUCGGACGUAUCCGCCGCCUUCCAGUCGCCUAAAUAUCAGAACAAUGUUGUCCAAAACAUUUUAGCUGACUUUUCAGAUUUUGAAGUCGAACCUUAUCAAAUGUCCAGACCUGUUCAACUGCCAGAUGUUAUGGGACAGGAGUUGUGUAUUCAAGCAUCGUCCAUAUCUCACAACUUAAUGGAAGAGUGGGAAGGGCCUUCCCCAUCUAUUAGAACAUUAAUCAGUCCACCGCUAAGAUCGCCGAGGCGCAGGCCAGCGGAAAGUAUGUCUAGGUUUAACGAAACGCAUAGGAUAAUAGCUGAAAAAACUUACGAAUUUGUAGAAGAAGCGGAAACCAAAUGUGAGAAGCUGAGUAUGUUUAGGAAGCGACGCUUAGCCGAUAAGAAGUAUGAAUUUUCUGAAGAUAAUAAUGAAAACAUCGUUCCUUUUAGAGUGUUAAGGAGUAAUAGGAAAUAUUACACAGGGUCCACCAGUAAAAGUCAAUCGAAGCGGGCGAAAUCUCCGCCCGUGGAGAGCGUAGUUCUUAGAGCUCAUAAUCAGAUCAGUAGACCUCCCUCGCCGACAUCUAGUUUAGAUCUAAAAAAUCCAGGACUAACAUCACUCGAAUCAGAUAGAAAUAGUGAGUCCGAGUACAGAGUCAUGGAGAUGUUGGACGACGGCUCCCUUAAAACUGUAUCGGUGCACGACAACACUUCAAAAACCUUAUCAGACUGUCCGGUUAGCCCUCAAGACCCAUAUUUAGUGCAUUCGGGAAACUCCAAAUGUAGUAAAUUCUUCACACGGUAUUUUCUAGAAAGUGACGAUGAGAUAACAUCUGUCAUCACUGAUUCUGAAGACGACUGCAUGUCGGGCUACCACGUGGCGCUGCCGCUGAGCGGCGAGGGCGCGGGGCAGGCGCUGCAGGGGCUGUGCGCGGGCGCGUGGGAGCGCGUGCGCGGCGCGCCCGGCCGCGCGCUGCGCGCCACGCAGCGCUCGCUCGACACCGAGCUGCUGUGCAACGAGGUCUGCGGCCGCCUCUGCCGCCUCGGCGGGAAGCACUUCAUCUACUGCUUCGACUGGGGCUGCCACGUCAUCGACGUGUGCCAGUCGAGCGGCUGUCUGUCCGGGCUGUGCGCGAUGUGGCUGUGGGCGAGCGAGGACACGGCGCAGCUGCAGUGCGACGCCUGCAAGGACGCGUCGGCCGGCUGCCUGCAGCACCGCCAGCAGUACGCGGCGCAGUGUCUUUUUGUGUGGGACCUCGUAACCGGAGUUUACAGGACCGAAAGGGUGGCCAUGACGGAGGAUUCCAGCCAAGAAGGCACUAGAGUGUCGGGCGCCGAGCGCGCGCGCGAGCUGGCGCGCCGCCUGGGCGCCGAGAGCGCGCCGGCCGCCGACAACCGCCUGCUCACCACGCUCACCGGUAAAUCGUUAAAAAGACUGACGGAUGUCGAUAACUGCGUAGAGAUCACGAAGAACCAUCCCGACAGUUCCGAAUCGGAGUCGGAGUCGUCGGAGGAGGAGGACAGCGAUUAUGACUGAUUUUGUACCACCUCAUGAACUAUUUUAUUAAUUAAAUCCGUGUACAUACCUAGUAGUCGUCUUUAUCGUUCGAGCCGAUCGUGGCUACUUCUUGAGAUUUAAAACUUAUGAAGACAAAUUAACGAUGUUAAAUAAAAAAAAAUCACAACUUAAAUAUAUUUGGUAAUCUGAAAUGUUACUGUUUUUGUGUACGGAACCACUCGAUAUUAUAAUGUAAAGUUCGCCCGCUGAAAGAAUGCGUGCCUGGUCAUUGGGCACAUUGUUUUUUUGUCUCAAAAAUAAAUUACGACAUAUAUUAUAUUGUAAGUGUAUAUAAUGACAUAGUGUUUUAUGAUAUUAUUCGUUAGUAAGACAAAUAAAUAAAAACAAAUAAAUUUCAUCAAUUACUCACCGCAUUCUCUCAACGGCCGGACCAGAGCUACGGUGAACGCACAUAUUAUUUUCAUUAACAUGGCACUUAAAGUUAACUGAUUAAAAAUGUAUGUUCCAUUUAAAAUGAAGUAUUAAUAAAUUUAAUAACUUGUAAAAAUGUUACCAUUCAUACUGAGACAAAAUACAUUUUAAUUGUAUCUGUAUUACUAGGAGCUGGUUUACAUCAGGUCGGACUGACUGAUAUUUACCGUCCGGAAAAAUAUGUGAGAUGGUUAGUGGUAGAGAUGUAUUGGCACCAUUCGAAUUAUCGUAUUUGGUAAAACUAUCGGCCACGACUAGCGUUCACUAAUUAACUAUCGAAUCCGAUAUUAUUAGUCCAUAUUUUUGUAUAUUGCCACCGAUAAAAUGUAGAGACGACACGUCACGAGCCGACGUCAAAACUGUCGGUCCGACGUAAUGUGAGCCAACUCCAUUGUUUCUAGUCUACUGCUUUCUAUUUUAUUAUAUAUAUUUAGUAAUGAAGAAUUUUAACAGUUUUAUGUAAAUGAAAAAGUAAUUCACGUGUCAUUGAUAUUAAAAUGUAUUUACUUUAAACUAAACUAUUAUAUGUCGAAUGUUUAAAACAUAUUUUAUAAAUAUUAAUAAAAACUAUAUAUGUAUCCUCAAGUAAAAUUAUAAUGACAAUUAAGUACAUAUUACUCACAUAGUUGUCAUAAGUGUAAUAAGGUGAGUACAUUUCAAAAGAAUUGGACAAAUUAACGCCCCAUUUAUAUGUUUUCAAUGUUUAUUUUUAUAAUUUGCAACAGCGAAUAGAUGUACUCGUGGAUAUUAGGACGAAUUAUUAUUAUUGAACAAAACUAAUAUUAGACUUGUUAAAUAAACUUGUUUGAUAUGUGAUAUAAAUCUCAUAAUGGAAGGGAAUGAAAUCUAGUAAGGGAAAUUAUCACUGUUUUCGUUUUAUUGGGACGAAAUAAAAAAGCAAGAGUGAAAUUUCAGAAGCCUCAUUCCGUAUUUAAAGUUAUCUCUUACCGAUUUAUUUGCAUCCUUCAAACAUUCGGAGCAUACUUUAUUGAGUUUAUUUCCUCAACCGUACCAAUCAAUCUCUUUCAUGUCUUCUCCAUCCUACGUGACAUUGGCGAAAUAAUCUGUGCCCUGUCGGCACAACUAAAAGCCAUUAAACUAAGAAUUGAAUUAAGUCAUCAAUCAUAUAUUCAGACCUAUUUGACGCAUACCCUGUUUUCCGACCUUUUUCCAAACAUGUAUCUAUAUGGUUAAGCUCUGACGAGCGUGUUACUUAAUUCAAGUUUACGUUUUAACAAUUUAAGGUGACGCAACCCAUAAAUGUGAAGUAGCUGGUCCCUAAAGAGUAUUCUUCUUCACACAUUGUCGUCCCAGUAUCGAAGUGAGUGAACAAUAUUGGAUCGAGCUAUUCAAACCAUACCAUUACGCAGUAAUAGUCUUCUGGAUGGCAGGUAUAUUCUUAUUCUUGACGUAUUCUUCUAACAGAUUUGGUGGUGACUGUUAUUUGUGGAACUUUCUAUAGGUGUUUAUAUUAUUACGUCAGGUGACUUCGUCUACGCAGUACCGCUUCUCUGAACAAAUCUCAGAAUAAGUCUAUCAUCCUUCCUCGUUGUUUGUCAUUUUGGCUUUUAAAUCUCGAACAGUAUGUUGAUAUAGAUUUCCAAUGUGAAUAAUUGCAUCCUUGAAAACUCACAAGAUCCAUUACCAUUUUCAUAUAGUUACAUUUUGCGAGCGUUAUUAAGAUCCGGCAUUAUCGCUUCUUAUCAAUUUGACUUGAACAACAACGAUAAUAUAAUGACAAAAAAAAUAAUAUGCGAAUGUACAAAUAUUAUUAAGGUUUAUUUUAUGUUAUUAAAGUAGAUUUGGAAAUUAUAUUUUACUCAUUUUAAUUUGUAUUGAUCUUUUGAAAUGGACUCGGUUAAAAUACAUUCUUUUGUUGUUCUGUAAACACAAAUUCAAUGAAUAGCUUUGAUUGUUUGUGUGUUUAAAAUGUAUAAGUUGUAAAGGUAGUUUGUGAAUAAUGAUAGUGAUCCAUAGUUACUAAAUUCUUGCUGCCGUUUUUAAGCUCUGCACAUAUUUUCAUGUGUGAGGUAUAAAAACGGAAGCAAAAUUGUGUAUAAUCGAACAGCACUAUUAUAGAUUUUACAAAGGACGAUUUCUACGGUAACCGUAUAUAUAUGAACAUGAAUAAGCUUAAAAAAAAUUGUAAAUCAUAUAUAGGUUCUUAUUCCGAUGAUAGCUCAUUGUAAUGGUUGUGAUAGAGUGGAAGUUAGGAUUCGUUUUAAGGAAAGUGCCUAUUUUUUUUAUUUCUCUCUACGCAGACGACAACCACCACAGCGAAUCUGGUAUCCGGUAUUAAUAUUUAUAUUAAUUAUAAUUACGUAUAUUUUAUAGUCUGUACAUUCUUCCACUGUAUGAAUACGUAACUUAGAUAGAAAUCUAAAAUUAAAUUGUAUAUAUAUUUUUUAGAUGGUUAAUUUGAAUAAACAAUUUUUAUAUUCGAAAUAAAUUGUCAAUGUCUAGUUUUAUUAAAAAGUGAAUUCGAGUUAUACGAAUUUUUGUCUAAAUAUAAGUAUACUACUUCACUUUAAUCACAAGGACUAUGCUAGAGUAUCACAAAGGUAUGUUGCAUUUAAUUCAGUAGUACUCUUGUGUGAGACUACAUCGAACUUGCCAUCAAAAUGUACUUUAGCUAGAUAUGAAAAGCAUGUAAUUAAUAAACAAGGAAAAGUAUAAAACUCUAUUAUUUAUUCACACCAAAAUCCAAGUAUUCACAACCAAAAUUUUAAUCUAUUAUAACCAAACGCUUAUGUUCUUCAAUAGAACUUACAACACAAGAUGUAUUUAAAACCUAAAUAACAUUCUUACUUAUCUUAAACAUUUAAAUGUAAAUCUGUCAUUUAAAUAUACACAA